AUGGAUUUUCUGUCCUGUAAUUCCUCAAGCUGUCUGCAUGUGAUCGGUGGCUCAGAUAUAAUCCUGCAGAAUGCGGCUGAUUGCGGUGGUAUAUCUUCAUCUUUAUGUCUCGGUGUAGCGGAGAACUCUGCCAAAAACCCACCGAUGUUUGCCCCGCUAUGGAUUUGGAGAAGUAAGAGGAGUUGCACUUUGCGAGUGAGGAUGUUGUUGUGGCUGGUUCUGUUCCUGCCUGCCCACUCCUCGGCUCAGCGAUCAGAUCCCAUGUUCUCAGCCAUAACCAAGACCGCCCUCCCUCCUGACUACGACAACAACCCCACCCAGCUCAACUACGGCAUGGCCGUCACUGACGUGGAUGGGGACGGAGACCUGGAGAUAUUUGUAGCCGGCUACAACGGGCCGAACCUGGUGCUGAAGUACGACAAGCAGAAGAAGAGACUUGUCAACAUCGCCGCCGACAACCGCAGCUCCCCUUUCUACGCCCUGAGAGAUCGCCAAGGCAACGCCAUCGGAGUGACGGCGUGUGACAUCGACGGAGACGGCCGGGAGGAGAUUUAUGUCCUGAACACCAACAACGCCUUUUCUGGUCGGGCGACAUACUCCGACAAGCUGUUUAAGUUCCGCAAUGGACGCUUUGAGGAUCUGCUGAGCGACGACAUUAACGAACACAGAGACGUGGCAAACCGUAUGGCUGGGCGCUCAGUGGCCUGUGUGGACAGAAAGGGUACAGGACUUUAUGCUAUUUACAUAGCUAACUACGCCAGUGGCACCGAGGGUCCUCAUGCUCUCAUUGAAAUGGAUGGAGUAGCGAGUGACCUUACGCAGGGCGUCAUUGCCCUGUCCAAUGUGGCUGAGCAGGCCGGAGUCAACAAGUUCACAGGAGGACGAGGCGUCGUGGUGGGGCCCAUUGUCAGCCAAACGCUAUCCGAUGUGUUCUGCGACAACGAGUACGGACCCAACUUCUUGUUCAGGAACAACGGGGAUGGAACGUUCACGGAUGUGGCACAGCAGGCUGGUGUGGAGGACCCCAUGCAGCACGGCAGAGGCGUCGCUCUGGCGGAUUUCAACCGCGACGGCAAGACAGACAUCGUCUACGGGAACUGGAAUGGGCCUCAUCGCCUGUACAUGCAGCAGAAUAACCGUAAACAGAAGUUCAAGGACAUUGCAUCCCAGAAGUUCGCCAUGCCGUCCCCAGUCCGCACCGUCAUCGUUGCAGACUUUGACAACGACAAUGAGCUGGAGGUCUUCUUCAAUAACAUCGCCUACAGGGGCCCCUCCGCCAACAGACUCUUUAGAGUGAGCCGGAGAGAGCACGGAGACCCGCAGAUUGAAGAGUUGAAUAUUGGGAAGGCGUCCGAACCUGAUGGAAGAGGAACAGGAGCCGUAGCCACCGACUUUGAUGGCGAUGGCCUGCUCGAGCUGUUGGUGUCUCAUGGGGAAAGUGCAGCGCAGCCGGUCUCUGUCUACAAAGUCAACCAGGGCUCCAAUAACUCGUGGCUGCGGGUGAUUCCCCGGACCAAGUUCGGUGCUUUCGCCAGAGGAGCCAAAGUUGUGUUGUACACGAAGAAGACCGGCCCACACACACGGAUCAUCGAUGGCGGCUCAGGAUACCUGUGUCAGAUGGAGCCUGUCGCCCACUUUGGCCUAGGUAAGGACGUGGCCACCAACGUGGAGGUGUACUGGCCAGACGGUCGUUCAGUGGCCCGACCCUUGGAACCCUCAGAGAUGAACUCAGUGCUGGAAAUCCACUAUCCAAUACACAAGGAGGAAAUCACUCCAACUGUAGAAAUAAAGUGUGGUGAUGGGUUUGCUCUGAACGAGAACGGCCGCUGCACUGAUAAAGAUGAGUGUACCCAGUUCCCCUCUGUCUGCCCCCCUGACCGCCCCGUCUGCACCAACACCUACGGCAGCCAUAAGUGCCGAGCCAAGAGGAGAUGCAACCAGGGCUUUGAGCCCAACGAUGAUGGGUCAGCCUGUGUGGCCCAGGUGGCGUACUUCGGGGGGACGCAGUCCUCCGGGCAACGCAGGUGGUCGGGCCUUUCCUUCUGGUUGCUCUCCAUCUCUGUGCUGCCACUGCUCUCUACCCAUCUUCAGACUGGACUCCUGUAGCCAUCACUGUCCUUUCCCCCAUCCUAACUGUCUCCACUGCUUAACGGGGACGUACAGAAACUCUCAGAGAAAACUCUUCGCUGAAACAUCUUCUCCUCUACGGAUCUCCAUAUUUACAGUCUCAACCCCCCCCCCACCUCCUCAUCACUGCUAUGUGUCACCUCUUGGCUCCCAGCCCCCUCUGACACACACAGGGAGCAUGCUCGCUGGGAGCUACGGAGUUCAGAACUAACUGUGUCACACCCGCGGAGUCCUCACGUCAUCACCUGGCACUUAUCUUAGUGGGACCUGAACCGAGGCCAAGUCAAUAAGUGGAGCCGCGGCGUAUAAACCUCUGCACGUACGGAUCUGGCUCCGCACACCACAUUCAUUAGAGGCACGCCGAGGCCCCAUCUGUAUCUCCACAAGGCCGCAAUGUUAAUCCUAACAAUGUCACUUUCAUUCUGAUUAUGGACUCACUGGGAUGCUGAGAAACACCAGGUCUUCACACUCUAGGUUGUGUGUGUGUUUGUGUGUGUGUGUAUGUGUGUGUGCCUCUACAAAGAGGCGGUCGGCUAGAGGAACAUAUGCCAGACCAUCUGUCUCCGAUGGUAGGUUACAUUUGGUUACCUAUAAAUAAUAGAACGGCACAGUGAAGAAGAUUAACACACGUGUAAGAGUUCUAAAUACAGUGACUGGAAGGCGUACUUGAACCCAUCAUCAUUUAUUUAUCAAUUUUUAAAUCAUUCUCCAGAUACAGUUGUAAAUUUCUAAGUUGACAUGAAGUUGUUUAUGUCUCGUGAUUUGGCUUCCACGUUGAAUCUAAUAAGCAUCAGGGAACAAUUGAGAAUGUGAAGAUGAGGUCACGUUGAUGUUUCUUGCUCAUGAAG